UGAAGGCAAGGUGGCUGACCCCUCACCCCUGAGUGACCCCCUUGGACUCUGAUUUCAAUGCGGCUGGCCCCGGCCAAUGGCAGAGGCGAUGCUCCAGCGGUUGCCAUGGAGACUUCUGGGCCGCAGAGCCGCGGAAGGAGGCAAUGACGUCACUGCGGGAGCAAGUGCAGAGACCACAUCCUUGUCUUCGCCGGGGCCACAGGGCACUGAGGGCAGCCUCUGGGCCAGCCGCGGGAGACCAGCCACCCUGCUUUCUGGGCCCCCAUCCACGACACCCCGGUGGCCGCAGCCCCAGGGAGACCCGCUGUCCCAGAUCUGCUGAGACCGCUACGACGGGUGAGACCUUUGGAGAACAUCGCGAAGAAAGGAGAGGUGCAUCCUCAGACCCUCCUCGGUGUGGCCUUGCCCAGACUCGGGACCCACGAGCCAGCUGGCAGACGCCGCCUCUGUGUCACUGUGCGUAAGUCCCUGGGCAUUCCCAAGAGCCCUCUCGGGGGAAGGUUACAGAGGGCUGGACACUGCAGCCCUGCGGGCAGGGCCAGUGACAUCCUCCACUAGAAAGAGAAAUCGGGCCCGUGAGGCCUCUCUCCUACUUAGCCUUUGGGAAGGGAUCGUGGCAUCCUGGAUAAUUUUGUGGAUUCUCGAGGCAGCUCAGGUGUGCACCAGCGAGCAUACUCCUGCCUCCGAGAGCUGGGCAAGAUGCUCUUCGGGGUCAAGGACAUUGCUCUGUUGGAGCACGGGUGCAAGGCGCUCGAGGUGGACAGUUACAAGUCCCUGAUGAUUCUGGGUAUACCGGAAGACUGCAACCAUGAGGAGUUCGAAGAGAUCAUACGGGUCCCCCUGAAGCCCCUGGGCAAGUUCGAAGUGGCCGGGAAGGCGUUUCUGGAGGAAGAGAGAUCCAAGGCAGCCAUCAUUAGGCUGGAGGAGGACAUCAAUUAUGCCGUGAUCCCCAGGGAGAUCAAGGGCAAGGGCGGCAUGUGGAGAGUGGUCUACAUGCCCCGGAAGCAGGACAUAGAAUUCCUGACCAAGCUGAACCUCUUCCUGCAGAGCGAGGGCAGGACGGUGGAGGAUGUGGCCCGGGUCCUGAGGCAGGAACUGUGCCCAACAGUGACGGGCCCCAGAGAGCUGCCUGCCAGAAAGUGCCCGGCGCCUGGGCCAGGGGAGAAGGCGGGGGCCGGGGCCCCCGCGGGCGCCGACGGGGCGCCACCUCUGGCCUCGGUGGAGAAGCAGAGCAAGACUGGAGAUGACAAGAGAGGCAAGCGAAAGCACAAGAAAAGCCGUCGACGGCACCAUGCAUCUGACAAGAAGCUGUGAGGAUGGACCUUGAAGGUACUUCUGGCACAAACUCGUCCCGAGUCCCUGAUUUGCAGAAACCAUGCCUGACGAAGCCUCUCCCAAGCUGCAGGCGCGUCCCUGAGGCAGGAAGAGCCACGGGGGCAGCCCGUGCGCCCCAACUUGGAGCCCGGACCCCACGUCUACAGCUGGCGGUGGGCUUAGAGCCUCAGAACUGACCUCACCCCGACUCACGUAAGCAUCCUGGGAACUGAUUCCCUCCAGUCCUUGGGGCGGGGGAGCCGGACUUGGUCAAGACUGAACUUUGUGGCGGGCAGAGAAGUUGGGAGGGGUUGGCUCAUCCUUGGCUGGAGAGGUGAGACCCUCCGGGCUGUUCUGCGGGGACCCCUCCCACCCUCAUCCCCUAAGACUCAGGCCUACGUGUAGUUUGGGGUCGUUGCCCCCACCCCCGAUUUCACCCUGGAGAUCUUAAAGACCCUCGAGAAAAGCCACGUGGGGGGCUGGUUCCCCUGGGGCUUCCUCCCAUCCCCCGACUGCCUGAUCCUCUGGAGCGUCCCUGAUGUCUGCAAAGAUGUGGAUUUGGACGUCCUCGUGGAAGCCUUGAAGCCCGUGGGGACCUUCAAGAAGAUUGGCAAGGUGUUCCGCAGGGAGGAGGACUCCACGGUGGGGAUGCUGCAGAUCGGGGAGGACGUGGACUAUCUGCUCAUCCCCCGGGAGGUCAGGCUGGCGGGAGGCGUGUGGAGGGUCAUCUCCAAGCCCGCCACCAAGGAGGCGGAAUUUCGCGAGCGGCUGACCCAGUUUCUGGAGGAAGAAGGCCGCACACUGGAGGACGUGGCCCGCAUCAUUGAGAAGAGCACCCCACACCCGCCCCAGCCCCCCAAAAAGCCCAAGGAGCCCCAGGUGAGGAGGAGAGUCCAGCAGAUGGUGACCCCUCCCCCGCGGCUGGUCGUGGGCACCUAUGACAGCAGCAACGCCAGCGACAGCGAGUUCAGUGACUUCGAGACCUCCAGAGACAAGAGUGACAAGAGUGACAAGGGUCACAAAGGCGCAGGGCGCAGCAGGAAGGUGCGCAAAAUGCCAGUCAGUUACCUGGGCAGCAAAUUUCUGGGGAGCGACCUGGAGAGCGAGGACGAUGAAGAGCUGGUGGAGGCCUUCCUGCAGCGAGGGGAGAAGAAGCCCAGCGCGCCACCUGCCCGCCGCCGCGUGAACCUGCCCGUGCCCAUGUUUGAGGACAACCCCAGGCCACAACUGUCCAAGGCGGACAGGUGGCGAGAGUAUGUCAGCCAGGUGUCCUGGGGCAAGCUGAAGCGGAGGGUGAAGGGUUGGGCGCCCAGGUCCAGCCCCGAGGGGAGCGAGGCCCAGCAGGCCUUUCCCAGGCUAGAGAGAGUUGGGGCAUCAGGGCCGGGCAGAGCCAGCCAGGGGCAUAAUGUGGGCAACACAGAAGAUGGGCAGGGGCCGGAGACACCCCCAAGACGAUGGAAGCCCAAAAUCAAAUGGGCCUCUUUUCGCCGUCGCAGGAGGGAGGAAGCAGCAUCCACAGAUCAGGGGACAGGGGCUGCAGGUGAUCAGAGGGCAGAGGCUGCAGAUGAUCAGAGGGCAGAGGCUGCAGAUGAUCAGAGGGCAGAGGCUGCAGAUGAUCAGAGGGUAGAGGCUGUAGAUAAUCAGAGAGCUGAGGCUGCAGAUGAUCAGAGGGCUGAGGCUGCAGAUGAUCAGGGGGCUGAGGCUGCAGAUGAUCAGGGGGCUGAGGCUGCAGAUGAUCAGGGAGCUGAGGCUGCAGAUAAUCAGGGGGUAGAGGCUAUAGAUAAUCAGAGGGCAGAGGCCAUACCUGCCCAGGGGGCAGAGGCUGAGGAUAAUCCAGGGGCAGAAGCCAUAGCUGCCCAGAGGGCAGAGGCUGCAAAUAAUCAGAGGGAAGGGGCUGCAGAUAAUCAAAGGGCAGAGGCCCCAGUUGUCCAGGAGGCAGAGGCUGCAUCUGAUGGGGCAGAAGCCAUAGCUGACCAGAGGGCAGAAGCUGUGCAGAACCAAAGGGCAGAAGCCCCAGCUGCCCGGGGGGCCAUAGGGACAACUCAAGGAGCUAAGGCCCGGAAACAGGUCAAGACAGUGAGGUUCCAGACCCCUGGACGUUUUUCGUGGUUUCGCAAGCACCGGAGAGCCUUCUGGCACACUCCCCGAUUGCCAACCCUGCCCAAGAGAGUCCCCAGGGCAGGCGAGGCCAGGAGCCUUAGGGUGUUGAGGGCAGAGGCCAGAGCAGAAGCAGAGCAGGGAGAACGAGAAGACCAGCUGUGAGGUGAGGGCAGGGGCUCCCUGGAGCUCACCGCCACCUGCCAUGCUGUCACCACCCAGGGCGCGGCCUCCCCCUCCCGAGCUGGGAUGGAGAUGCCCUUCCUGUGGCCAUACUUGAAAAUGGAGCUGGACAAGGGCCGGGCAGCGGGCCUCCCAUCUCCACCCAACACCCCUCUGUCUUGUUAGAAGUGUAUCUUUCAUGCAUUGAUUUUUUUUAAAAAACAGACUCUUUCUAGUCACCCAAGGAACGUAAAGAAAGAGCCGUACAAAGGGGUUGUAUCACUCAUGAUUUUAACUUCUCCAGUGCAACUCUAGGUGCUCAGCUUGAAGGGGGGGGAAAGUGGUGGAGAAAUUCUCUCCCCUCCCCUCUCCCUUUCUCUUCUUUUCUACUGCCCACUUAACAUUGGCUGCCUCCUUGAACUUAAAAAAAAGGGCGCAAGCCAACAUGCAAAUAAAAAUGUUUACCACAA